ACUCAACAAGAGGAAACUACAUCAUACAUGCCGAUAUUGAUCAGAUGAACAGGUUAAUCAUUGACCUGAUUCCAGACAGUGUACAUAAAGCCCAGGAUCCUCACCAGUCACACUGGAGGGAGAGGGCUUCCAGUUGUUCCCAUAACAUCACUGACACACAGCUGGAGAAGCAGCCCAAUCAUCAUGAGAAUCGCACUAAUUCCCAUAUUGUUGCUCGUGGCUGCUGCCUGUGUCCCUGCCCUGUGUGGCAAAGAGGACCAGCCUGUCCUCCAGCCCGAGGCCCCGGUUGAAACCCGUUCCCGGUUUGCCGCUCUUGAUGAUGUGCGUCUCCUGGCAAACGGCCUCCUCCAGCUGGGUCAGAGCCUGCGGGAGUUUGUGCAGAAGACAAAGGGACAGAUAAACGACAUCCUCCAGAAGCUGAACAUCUUUGACCACUCGUUUUACCAGCUCUCAGUGCUUGCCAGUGAAAUUAAAGAGGAAGAAGAGGAGCUAAAGAAGACCACCGUGGUGCUGAAGGCCAACAACGAAGAGAUCAAAGGCCUGUCUGUGAAGAUCAGCUCCAAGGUGGACAGCAUCCUGCAGGAGAAGAGUCGGUUGAAAAACAAGGUGGAAGGGCUGGAGGAGAAGCUGAGCAGCAUGUCACAAGGCCUGAUGACAAGCGAACAAGGUGCAGAGAUCAGUGGCCUCAGGGAAGUGAUCCUCAGCCAGGAGCGGAGCAUCACAGAGCUGCUGAAGGCUGUGAGGGAGCAGAGUGACCAGCUUAACCACCAGAAGGUUAAGAUCACCAUUCUGGAGGAAAAGCUUACAGUCAACACAUUGACACAAGAGACCAUUGAGAGGAUGCCUGACAUCUUCAACAAUGAAGCACCAACACUCACCCCUUAUCUGAUAUCAAGCUCUACCGGCACCACCAGCAUGACGAAUCUGCCAUCAGACUGCAGUGACCUGUUCAACAGAGGGGAGCGAGCCAGUGGUGUCUAUGCCAUCAGACCUACCGGAACGGAGCCCUUCAUGGCUUUUUGUGACAUGAGCAAAGAUCAUGGAGCAACAGUCAUCCAGCGAAGGACUGAUGGUUCAGUGAAUUUUGAUCAAAUCUGGGAGAAGUAUGAAAAUGGGUUUGGAGAUUUUCAAAGGGACUUUUGGCUGGGUCUCAGAAACAUCCACUCUCUAGCCACUCAGGGCAACUCUGUCCUUCACAUCCAGCUGGAAGACUGGAAACAGAACAGGCGCUUCAUUGAAUACAGAUUCAACCUUAAUGGUCCUGAGAGCAACUACACCAUUCACCUCACACAUCUGUCUGGAGAUUUGCCGGACCCCAUGAGCAACCACACAGGCAUGAUGUUCUCCACCAAGGACAGGGACAAUGACAACCACCAGGAAUCCAACUGUGCCCGCAACUACACAGGUGGAUGGUGGUUUAACGCCUGCAGAGACACCAACCUGAAUGGGAGAUAUUUCCACAUGAGACCUAAGGGGCGCUCAGAUCGUAGGAGAGGGAUUCAGUGGAAGCCGGUCCAAAAAGCGUCUUACUCCCUUAAGUUUAUCCAGAUCUCUGUACACCCCGUGGCUUCCCCCAAUACCCCCUCCUUCACUUCACCCUCCUCUGAAACAAGUGUCUUUCUGUGAUCCAGCACCAGCAUUCUCAGAGAAAAUACUGCAUUUAACAGUGGCCUCUUCAGGAGAGCCCUGGCGAUGCUUCAUGUGGACAGCCAUGGUUUAAGACGCCUUGGGCAGAGACCAAGACGUUUCUUCCGACUGUGAAGUUAUAAAUACUGAAAUACAGUUAGCCGUUGGCAUACAAUAUAUCUUCACUCACUGUAUCUCAGAGGUCAAAGGUUAUGGAGGAGAAAUUAAAACAUACAGCCAUAUGUGAGCAGUUCUUAUGUUGGGUCACAUUGACUCUCAAUAUACAGCAGUGGUUUCCAACAUCGCGGAGGCCCUUGAAGGGGUCACAAGAUACAUCUAAGGAGUCGGGAGAGAAUUAACAGGAUACGAAAGUCUACAAAACAUAGUUGUGCUACACAGUGGACUUCUUUGAAGUGGUUAUCUUGUGAAAUACUGUCCAUAUUUACCUCCUCUAUCAUAUUAAAGUUAUGUAAAUGUACCAAGGAUUGCAUCUCAUAGUUAUUUUCUUAAUAAAUGGAUUAAAAAUGUGAAAAUAGUGAAAAAUGCUUCAGACUCACAGUC